GUUUCGAUUGUACCGGAUAAACAUCUGAUUAUACUGGAAAGAGAGGAUUUGUCAUUGUACUGUAACUACAGUUCAAACCACAUCAUUGAACGGUUGGACUGGAAGAAAGUUCUCCCAAGAAAUAAUCUGCAAAAUAUUAUUGAAUCAUCUCAGUAUUUCUACAUAAAUGCCAUCAACAGGCGACAUGCAGGACAGUACAACUGCACUGUCAAAAAUAUGGCCGGUAUCGAUUCAGAUAGUGUGACAAUAGAAGUAUACUUUCCUCCUACGGUACAGAUCAAAUUUGAAGAAAACAGAACGGAAAGACAAUUAAACUGUGUUGCAACUGGAAUACCCGAUCUAUACAUCUUCAAACAGUGGGAACAUUGGUCCGAAUACUCUGAUCUAAUAAGAUAUCUCCCGGAUAGCGGUAGCGGUAAUCUUAAUCUUCAAAUUAUCGAAGGAGAAACAGACCGAUAUCAAGACAGAGGAAUUUAUAUUUGCAAAGCUUCUAAUAAUGUAUCGCUAAAUGGUGGCGAUUCUUUCAUUCCCGGUGAAUUUUUUCUCAAUCCAAAAAGCACACCGUAUUUUGUGACAUCUAACAAUAAAACGCAAUAUGGAGUUUUAGGCCAAACGACUAACAUUACCGUUGACUUUGUUAGUUUUCCAGAGAUUAAAAACAUUUCCGUUAUUUUUGACGGUAUAAUACAUUCAAUUGAAAAUUAUACUCUGGAAAUCAUGAAAGUUAUGGACACAGUAUAUAAUAAAACUGUUUUUGUGAAUGGAAGUAGGCUGAUGAUGACGGUUGAAGUAAACACAGAAAGAGAUUUUAAGGCAUAUACAUUUAAACUGUGUAAUCAGAUCGGAUCAGACAACUUGACAAUUUCUCUUCAUUCAGCAAGUUGUCCAGAAACACCAGAAAUUAUACAAAUAAUGCCGGAAAAAACUCAGGUCAUUGUCCAGUGGAUCCCAAAGUUUCAUGGUGGAUUUCAACAGUCAUUUCACAUCCAGUAUCGUAGACGUGAUGUUCAGUACUGGAAUACCAAACAUGUCCAAGAUCACACCAUGAACAUAUAUUCUAUAGAUGGACUGACUCCUGGAACUGAAUACUUAAUUCGAAUUUACUCCAGUAAUAGAAAAGGCAACAGUAGUUUUUCUGAUAAAAAACCCUUCAGAACAGAUGCUACAAAUGAACAUGGCAACCUUGGGUUCAUUCUACUGAUUGUUCCAUUUGUAAUAGCAGUUGCUGUUUUGUACUGGCAAUAUAAAAAGGGUAAGUUUUUCUUUUAA